AUGGAUCCCAACACGGAAGGCGGACCGCCCAAGGUCGAUAUCGCGGAGGUCGAGGUCGAGGUAGACAGAACGGUGCGUGUCCAGCUCACGCGAAGAUCGAUGUCUGGGCGGUCUUUCAUCCGACCGCCUAGCCAAGGUACAAGGAGCAGACCGUCCCCUCCGAGCGAGCUUGAGUCGCUGUCAUCCAGCGAUAUCUUUCGAAACGUGUUUCGCCCUCCUCCUGGUCCACCUGGCUCAUCGUCCACAGUAGAUCCAGAAGAGCAAAGAAGGCUGCACGAGGAAGAGUUCCAACGGCGGCUGAAGGGAGAAUACCAGCAAGCUCAGGCUCGGCUGAGCGAUGUCGUCACCUCGAACAUGGAUCGGCCUCUCCGCCUGACUUCCAUCCGCCUGUCCCCCGCUCCUCCCGUCUCCCGUACCUCCUUCCUCCAAUCUCUGCUCUCACCAUUCCUCUCCUCAUCCUCUUCGCAGUCAUCAUGGGUCCCCAAGUGGCUCAGCCCAGCACCUACAACUUUGCAUGAUGUCUUGCUAUCGACAAAAGCGCUCGUCGCCCAUCUGGACAGGUUUGGGGUGUACGAUAUGGAGCGGUCCAGCGUCAAGCUGCAGCCGGUACGCGGUGGAGAUCUGGACGAGGUGGAGCUUGUCCUGGGGCUGCGGGAGAGGGGGAGGCUGUUCCUCAAGGCUGGAACGGAGGUCGGUGGUGGAGAAGGCGGAGGGAACAUCACUGCAAGAAUACGAAACGCUCUCGGAGGAGCAGAAACGCUCGAGGUCAAUGCUAGCUUAGGCACCAAGACUAAAUCUGCAUACCAAGCAUCCCUGACGACACCCGUGCUCGCAUCGCCGCUGCUCUCCUUUUCUUUGCAAGGCUUCCAGUUCGACCGGGACAACACCGCUUUUGCGUCUCACCGGGAGUACUCACAAGGAGGCCGAGCGAAACUUAGCGCAAUAGCUCCCUGGGGUAUACACGACUUGACGUACGAGUAUAUCCAGCGAGAGAUUGGCCAUCUUACACCAAAGGCGUCGAUCUCAAUUCGAGAACUUGCGCAUCCAUCGACCAAAUCAUCCCUUAGCCACACUUGGACUACAGAUACGAGGAACGAUCCUUGGACGGGGACCUCCGGCAGAUUGUUGAAGGUGACAAACGAAUACGCUGGAUUACCUGGUUCAUCCCAAAAUGCCCACUUCUUCAAGACCAUCUUCCAAUCUCAUCUUUCUCGAGCCUUAUACGAAGGCUCCAACAUCCGAUACUCCAUCUCAUCCAUGACAACCUCCCUCCUGCCCCUCUUCCCCAACUCCACCUCCGCGUCACAUCCCCACCCACCCAGCACUUAUCUCCCGGACAGGGCAUUCCUCGGCGGGCCCAACUCGAUGCGCGGCUGGAAAGUCGGCGGUGUGGGACCGCAGGAUGGACCCGACUCGCUCGGCGGAGAUUUGGCUUGGGGAAUGGGAUUGAGCGUCUUCGCACCAAUACCGAAGAAGGAGCACUGGCCGUUGAAGCUGCAUGGGUUCAUGAAUAUCGGCAAGGUGGUGGGGUAUGAUCGAUCGGCGGGAUGGCUCGGGAACGCGGAGAAGGUGUAUCGAAAUCCGAAUGUCAGCGUGGGCCUGGGUCUGAUGUACCGACUGGAGCCAAUCCGGGUAGAGGUCAACUUCGCCAUGCCGCUGGUUGGGCGGAAGGGGGAGCGACUAUCUAGAGGAUUCGGGAUCGGAGUGGGCAUAGAGUUCUUGUAA